AUGAUGAAGAAGAAAGUCCCCGAUUGGCUCAACAGUUCUCUCUGGUCAGUGCCCAAAUCUCCUCCCUCCUCCGUCGCCGCCGAAGACAACUCAUCUCUCUACAACUCAAUCUCACAGCCGCGACCUCCGUCCCCUCCCGUCGUAGUUCAAGAUCCUCCGCCCGAGCAGAUUAUCGAGGAUUCUCGAUCCGAAGAUCAACAUGAUGCGCCUCCUUCUGAUUUCGAUGUCUCUCACCAGGCUCAAUUGGUGACUGAGUUGUCGAGGAAGGUGAUGGAUAUGCGGGAAUUGAGAAGGAUCGCGUGUCAAGGUGUGCCUGAUUCCGCUGGGAUACGCUCUACAUUGUGGAAGCUUUUGCUUGGAUAUCUUCCGCCGGAUAGAGGGCUUUGGUCAUCUGAAUUAGCAAAGAAGAGGUCCCAGUAUACACAGUUCAAAGAGGAGAUUCUCAUGAAUCCUUCCGAAAUCACAAGGAGGAUGUACAACUCCACAAGUGGUGAUGCUGAGGAUGCCGCCAAGCGUGACAGGGCCUUGCUCUCUAGAUCAGAAAUCCCUCACGAUGAGCACCCUUUGAGUCUUGGGAAGACCAGCGUAUGGAAUCAGUUCUUCCAGGAUACAGAAAUCAUAGAUCAGAUUGAUCGAGAUGUAAAGCGCACUCAUCCUGAUUUCCACUUUUUCUCCGGUGAUUCAAAAUUUGCAAAAUCUAAUCAGGAGGCUUUAAAGAACAUAUUAAUUAUUUUCGCAAAGUUAAAUCCAGGUGUAAAAUAUGUUCAAGGGAUGAAUGAGAUAUUGGCUCCUCUAUAUUAUGUGUUAAAAAAUGACCCUGAUGAAGAAAAUGAAGCUUUUGCUGAAGCUGAUGCAUUCUUUUGUUUUGUUGAGCUAUUGAGUGGUUUCCGAGAUAAUUUUGUCCAACAACUGGACAAUAGUGUUGUGGGAAUUCGUUCAACUAUUACAAGAUUGUCCCAGCUUUUAAGAAAACACGAUGAGGAGUUGUGGCGUCAUCUUGAGAUCACUUCCAAAGUCAAUCCCCAAUUCUAUGCAUUUAGAUGGAUCACUCUCUUGUUGACUCAGGAAUUUAAUUUUGCCGACAGCCUUCACAUUUGGGACACUCUUUUAGGUGAUCCAGAGGGUCCGCAGGAGACUCUUCUCCGGGUAUGUUGUGCAAUGCUAGUUCUCAUUCGCAAGCGCCUCCUAGCGGGGGAUUUCACUUCAAAUCUCAAGUUGCUACAAAAUUACCCGUCAACAAACAUUAGCCAUUUGCUCUAUGUUGCCAAUAAGUUUCGUGUACAGUCAGUCUAA